GUCUGUCAUCUCUUCUUUCUUAAAAGUACAGUUCCGAUCUCUCUCCUUUCUCUCUGCCAUCUCAGACUCGGUCUGUCCACAGUCUCGCCCUGCAACUGCUCUCUAACUUACAAAGUCUUGCAGAGACACUCACAAAAGGAGUAAGAGGAUCCUGGUUUGAGUCUCCACUUGUUAAGGCAGAAGCCAGAGAGAGCUGAAGAAAAUGGAAGCCACUCAGAGUCCUCACCCUUAUGUCCCCAGAGAUCUAAAACUCCCUGGUUAUGCGCCAGUUUUACUUUCACAAUUAACUAUCCUUGGUGUCUACGGCAUUGCUUCGGUGCUUGUUGUUGCCAUCAUUUGGUUUAUAUCUGGGCGAUCACCCAAAAGGUCAACUGUCGAUAGAAUACUCAUGUGUUGGUGGGCAUUCACAGGCCUUACUCACAUGAUUCUAGAGGGUUAUUUUGUUUUCUCACCAGAAUUUUACAAGGAUAAAUCUGCCUUUUACCUGUCUGAAGUCUGGAAAGAAUAUAGCAAAGGUGACUCAAGAUACGUAGGAAGGGAUUCAGCGAUUUUGGCUGUUGAAGGACUAACUGCUGUUUUAGAGGGUCCAGCGUGCCUCCUCGCAGUUUAUGCCAUUGCAAAAGGAAAGUCGUAUAGCUACAUUCUCCAGUUCGCGAUAUCCUUGGGCCAGCUCUAUGGAACUGCUGUGUAUUUCAUAACCGCUUUGCUGGAAGGUGAUAACUUCGCUGUUAGCCCGUUGUAUUACUAUGCCUACUAUGUUGUCAUGAACUCCUUCUGGAUCGUGAUACCCACAGCCAUAUCCAUUAGAUGCUGGAAGAAAACAUGCACAGCAUUCAAUAACCAGGGCCAGAAAAAAGUAAAAAGCCGCUGAGGCAGAUCUUACUGCUUGUUACAUGAUCAAUGUAUCAUUUAUCUUUGGAUUUUGUCCUGCUUGAUUGCUUAUUUAUACUUUGCCAUUGACUGAUCAUUAGCAAUAACAAGCAUAUUUUGCGUUUCUCAA